AUGGAUUCUAAUCCGUAUAUGAAUCUAAAUUUUGUUGAUCUUCUUCAAAGUCAACAAGAUACUUCCGUAGGUGUAGAAUUUCCUUCUAUUCCUUUUCUUAGCACUCAAGCUACUGAGGGUAGAAACUUCGAACACAAGACUCCUUCAGAGCGUAAGGAACGAAGGACUUGGAGUCCAACCGAUGAUGUAGUGUUGAUCAGCUCGUGGUUAAACACGAGCAAAGAUCCACUUGUCGGGAAUGAGCAAAGGUCAGUAGCUUUCUGGAAGAGAGUAGCAGCGUAUUUUGAGGCUAGUCCUAAGGUUGGUGGCUGUGAAAAAAGAGAGUCAUCUCACUGCAAGCAGAGGUGGCAGAAGAUCAAUGACUUAGUGUCCAAGUUUGCUGGAGCAUAUGAGGCCGCAACCAGAGAGAAAAGAAGUGGGCAAAAUGAGAAUGAUGUUCUCAAACUUGCCCACGAAAUCUUCUUCACCAACCAUAACAAGAAGUUCACCCUUGAACAUGCUUGGAAGGAGUUGAGAAAUGACCAGAAGUGGUGUGCCCUUUACACGGCCAAAAAGUGUACAGCAGCUAUUCGUGUCUUGGCAUACGGUACUGCGGCUGAUCCGGUCGAUGAAUACCUACGUCUCGGUGAAUCAACAACUCAAUGA